CGUACGACUGUAAACCAAAACAAUUGCAUCACAUUAUAUCAUCACAACGCGCCAACUGCUUCCUAGAAUUAAAUCUCCUGCUGGCUGCUCCAGAUACUAACUCGGUUUCCAUUUGACCAACCAGCCUAAUUCUCCAUUUUACAGGUGACGCAGGGACAAGCGGAAGUGGUUGAGGGUGUGUUGGUGGGGCCGCCGCCUCUUUAAUACUCAGCGACACAAUGCCGCAGCGGGAAGCGCCGGGGAACGGAACCAUGGAGGUGGGCCAGGUCUACGAGAGAACCACCGAGCCGAUCCAGAGUACUGGGGGCUUCUGUAAUUCCGACUACUCCAAAAAAAGAUGUAUUGUGAAGGUGUUGGAAGUGGUCUUUUCAUUUCUCGCCUUUGUUCUGGAAGAGGUGGUGGCAAUCUGCAACAUCUGUCAUGCACUUUAUUUCUUCGAGUUUGUCAGCUGCAGUGCCUUCUUCCUGACUUUGCUGCUGUUAAUUAUAUUGGUCACUUCUCUGAAACGAAAGGUGGAAAGAAUCGACUGGAAAAAAGUGGACUUGUAUUAUACUGCUGCGAUAGCGCUGUUUUUCGUGAUUGCCUCAAUUGUGUUUGCAGCCAGGAAUGGAGGAUCUGAUGUGGAGAAAGCUGCUGUGGCAUUUGGAUUCCUGGCUUCUUUUGCCUUCAUAGUGGAUGUUGUGCUGUAUUUGAUAGAAGAGAAAUGGUCCACCAGCAGAAAAGAAACGGGACCAACUGAUACAACAAAAAGAAGCUCUGAAAAUGUCAAAGGAGAGACAGAGCCAUUGAAUGAGCCUGCAACUGUCUGAGCUACAGAGGCAAACCUCGGUUUUUUAAAAUAAAUAACUUACCUGUUUUGUAUGUGUGUGUAUUUUAAAUACUUGGACUUGAUCCACAAAAAUAAACUGUUCAAAGAUCUCUUAUCUUCUUUGGCCUAAAUGUCAGGUGUUUCAUUUUCUAGUUGUGAGUCGAACUCAUGAGACAAAGUGCUGUCUCUCAUUUAAGCACAUUUCCUUCAUGUAUAUAAUUAAUAGGCUGCAGUGUAGGCAGAUGGGAUGAGAUUAAUGAACUUGGUAAUCUGUGGUAAUGUUGGUGUUUCUUGGUCUGAAGCUUUUCCCUAUUAUGAAGAAUUUACAUUUUGUUUAUGGAAACUUGGAUUUAAAUGACAUCAUAACUUGCUUAUUGUGCCUUUAAUUGUUUAAAUCAAUCUUGUUAUAUUAAAAAUAAUCUUGUUUAUAAUUGUUUAAAGCAAAAUGGCAACACAAGUACACUAAUUUUCACUGAAUUCUUUACAUAAUUUACUCAAAUUGCUUGAACAAUAUUUAAGUACCUGCUUUAUCUUGUAUUCAGUUGAAGUCUACGACUGGACAACUGAAAUAUUUCUGAUAAUUUAUGUGAUUCUUAAAGGACUGCAGCAAUAUGAAGAAAAAAAGGUCUGGGAUUUUAUUAUUCCAGGAUAGUUUGUCCACUGCAUUACCAGUACAAGAAACUUUGUCCUUAUUAAAUAUCACCAUUGAAAGCUCUUUAAUAGUCAAACAUUUGUUUCUAAUUAGCCAACUAGAGCAGUGCUAUAUCAAUUGAGAUUGUUCCUGCAAAUGAAUUGGUUAUAUUAGUAUAAUUUUUUUGAGAAUACUAGCCAGUCUGAUUUUUAACAUGAAGCUUUUAAGUACCAUCAUUACGUUACAGUGCUGUGCAAACACUUUCCACAUAGCUGAAAAUGCAUGGAAAAUCUUCAAAGAAAAAAUUAUUGGUGGUUGAACACUAGUUUUUAUGAAGUAAGUUAAGGCAAUUUUAGGUUGUCUUUAUUAACGAGCCACCACCUUUAGGUGCAUUGCAGCUUAUUUGUAUAUGAAUUUGUUAUUAUGUCCUCCUAGGCUGAUCUGCAGAGGAUUCAGAUUGAACAUGUAUCACUCUUCAAAUUUAAAAUAUUUACUCAUUUAUUAUUGAAAGCUUAUGGGUGACCAGGUAGCCUGUCACUAACCUAUAUAGAGAACGUAGUUGGGAAAACUAGAACAUACUGCUUUUAUCAAUUUUUAAAAUUUGUAUGUUUUAAGAUGUGCUUAAUAGCAUCAAUUUAGCACGUGUCAGUAUGUUCUUCAAACUUAAUAGAAAAUGUGCUAUUAAUCAGAAAUGAAGUUAAAUGAUGAAUGCUUUUAGUACUAUGUUUUAAUCAAGGUAGACAUUUACAAACUAUUUACAGAAAAAUGUUUAUAAACUGAUAUGAAGAUCAAGUCUUUACUAAGUGUGUUUUUUAAUUAAUGCUGUAGACUUGCAAAACUCCAGGCAGUUACUGGUAAUAAAUAUGUGGUUCUCUGUAUUUCUGAUUAUUACAUGAUAUCUACCAAAAUUUGUCUUUUUUUUUCUCUAUAGUAACCUGUUAUCAGCUGUGCAAAAAUAAUUACUUACCUAGGCAUUUUUUUGCUACUUUGCAAAAUGAACUUGGUCCUUUUCACUAUUUAAAUCUCCACAAUAAAGCUCUCUGACUAUAUAAUUACCUUAAAUCUUGCAGGGUAAUAAAAUGAAAUUUGUUAAAUUUAUUUCUGUUCUACUCUCUUGAUAUUGAGUUUGACCAUCUAUCAACCAUUCAGAGUAGGUUGUAAAGAAAAGCAAUAUGAGUGCCUCCUUGGUAUGUGCCUGUCCACCUGUCUUUUAAACCAAGGGUAGAAUAAAAAAAACCUGCAUUUUUACAUUGAAUGUAAAAAGAAUCUGAAGAAACAUGAGUAUUCAGUAAGAUUAAAAAUGUUUAGCAUUUUCAUGAAUAUGGCAGCAGCGAAUUUCUAGUGGGGUGGGGCUUUCUUUGUCUUUAGGAAAGUGCAUGUUCUAAAAUCUGAGUGUCUGAGAAAUAUUUGAUUAAUUUUCAGCACUAUGGUGCGGCAGUUACUGCUUCUGCUUCACAGUUCAAGGGACCAAGGCUUGAGCUUUACAUAAAGUGCUGUGUGUAUAGAGUUUGUGCAUUCUCUCUGAACAUAUGGAUUUCCUCUGAGAGCUUCCUUCACUUUCCACAUUGCAAAGAUGAAUUGCCUUGUUUAAUUUACAGGCUUCAGUAAACUACCCCUUAAUGUAGCUUAAUGGCAAAGGGAGUUGGUGUGAGAGAUGUGAUGCAGAGGUAUAAGGAAAUAAAGAAAUGGACAAUGAGGCUUGUGGUUUUUUUCCUCCAGCAGUCAGCACAGAAAAUUGACUUCCUUUCUACUGUAGAUGUAAAUGUGUCUGUGGCUGAACACUUGUUAGUCAUGUUGAGCAAAGAGACGUUGAUCUUUUAGACCACCACCUUUGAGAGUCUGAUUACACUUGCAGAAAAAUUAAGAAUAUUAAUGUUAGUCUAGCCGCCCCAUUUGCAAAUUGAUACAUGUCAAGUUCCAGGUGGAAGGGACAAAUUAUGUCUAAGUGAGAUCUAGCACGCUUUUAUCAAUUUGUAUUAAAAUAUUUUAUGCUGAUGUGAGAAAGAUAAACAUGUAUUUCUGUCAAUGUAAAGAGUGACUAACAGUGGAUGUAGAUUGUACUGAUUUGGAGCAUGACCACAAUGUCCAACAGUAUUGAAAGACUGUAUAAAGACUCUCUGAUCUUUAGCAGAUACAUUUCUAUUUAGUACCACUCUGGCUACAUUCAAAUAAUUUUUUAUUCAAGGGCUGUGUGGUUUGCUAAACAUGUGCUCAAACAGAUCCCGGAGUCUUUUCUGCUUGUUGAUUUUUAGCUAUCUCCCUGAAACACACAAAAUUAUGGAUUUACAACUUUCCUUGCUUGUGUACCUGCUCCCCUAGACUGUGACAUCCUCUUGGAAAGGGGUCUUAGAUCAGCUGGAAUUUUUUCCCCCUCUGUUGAAGUCGAGUACAAAUUGUCUCCGAUCUGACUAUUCAGGCCUUCAAUGCAAAGAGUUGGAGAGAAACUGUGACAACAGGGAAAAGUGUAAGACCAACCUGUCUUUGGCUUCAGGGUGAAUGUGAGUUAAAACGCUGCUGUGUUGUGGCUAGUAAAAACAAGAUAUAGUUAUUCCAUGCAGACAGUCAAUAAGGUAAUGCUGUAACUAAUGAUUGGACUACUCCAUGGCUGUAGUUCUUUUGAAUCAGUGUUUCUUCCACCUUCAAGUUUGGGUUAAAAUUGGUAUUGGCUCAUAACAUUGGGAGCUCAGCAGGUAAAUAGGAAAAAGAAUUUAAUUUUAAUGGAGAAUGAUUGCAAGACAUGUUUAAUUUUAAUGCCUUUUAUAUAAUUGAUUAACUUUGCUUAAUAGCAAUUGUUUCACCCACGUCUGGACAACUGAUGUCAGGAUAUUGAUUACAUAAUUGGAUAUUUGGAUUGUAUGUAAAGAGCUGUUGAGACAGUAAUUGUCCAAGUAACAUUUACUAACUUUUUUGAGGCAAUUGUUCUUUACUAAAAUUAUUUGCUUGUGCAUCAAAUAAGAUGUAAAUAAUAUUUCAAUAAGGUAGAAAGAAAUCUACAGCAGUGAGUCAUCUUAAUUCUACAAAUAUUCUCCUAUUUACUUUGACAUUGCAGUGUAUUAACAGAUUAAUUGAUUGAUAUAGGUUCUACUCCAGUUUAUAAUUGUUAACAAUUAGAUCUAAGUGUCAAUAUAUUUAGUUGCUCACUUUAUAGUGAAACUGGUUAAAAUCACACUACUUCAGUAUGCUCUUUAUAGGACUAAGAAAUCUGUAAUAGUGAAACAGUGUAUUUAGAUGUUUAUUUCUGCACAUUCUCCACUGCCUUUAUUGUAAAAUAUAAAUGGCCAGAAUGCGAAAUGUCUUAACUGAACCCAAAACACUGCUCUUUGGUAUUGACAGGUGCAAGGUUAUUGGGUCCACGUAAAUUCCAAUGAGUCAUAUGUGAUUUUUAAAAUAAAUUUGUAUUUUGACUAUAGUCAUAUGUAUUUUUAUUUCACUUGUUUAUUUGUACUUCUGUAAUUGAAAUAAAUUAAACUGUGUGAAA